AUGUCAGCAUACGACGGUUUUUGGAUCAACCGGGAUCAGCCCGCAAUCACCGGCUCUGUCCUCACAUUAUCAUCAUUGAAACGCGGCUUCCUGGUGGCCUUUCUCGCAUUGUUCGUCAACGCAACCGGUCAAGCCUUUCGGAGAAUCCUCUGCUUUUUCAUCCAUCAAAUCCGAUCUAACCCAGGUCCUCACGACGGCGUAUACAUUCAACAGCAGGUUAUCUUGCGCAAUGCCGGUCUCCCCAUUUCUGCAAUUUGA